AUGCUUUUUGAGUCUUAUCAGAGAAACAAGCCAAUCCAGAGGCUACACUCUGACCAUUUGUCAGUCUUGCAUGUGGCAGCAACAUUACCUAACCCUGACAUUGUUGAAUGUUUGCUAGCUGCUGGAGCUCAGAUUAUUUCAACAGCCCAGGAUGGAGUCACACCAUUGCAUGUAGCCAGCCAACAUGGAAAUGAAGAGAUAGUAGCAUGUCUUUUAAAAAAAAAGGCUAAAAUUGAGGCAGAGGACAAGCUCCGAAGAACUGCUCUGUCUAUAGCUCCAGAAGAGAGCAACAUAGUGAAUGUUUUGCUAUCAUUUAAGAACAAAUUCUUGAAUGUAAAUGCUCUUGACAGUGACAAGCAAAGUGCCUUACAUCUCGCCGCAAUGAAGGGAAAACUUCAAAAUGUGACUUCGUUGUUGUCCCAAGCCAAUGUAGGAGCUAACGAUAAGAACAGAUGUACACCUACGCACUACACUGCAGCUGGAGGUCAUGUCAGCAUAGUCUCAGCUCUCUUACAAUCUAAGAAAUGCAUAGAUGAGAGGAAUACAAGGAAGAAAACACCAAUAUAUGUUGCAGCGGAAAAAGGCCAUGACAAUGUGAUUACCCUACUUCUAGAGGCUGGUGCAAAGAUCAACUCCACAGACCAAAACAAAGACAACUGUGCAGUCCGUGGUGAGCAUCAGGAAGUAGUGAAGAAACUGGUGGACUGGGGACAGGGCAGCAGUCAAAUGAAGAAAGCAAAUCUCCAGGCAAGUGUGGGAUUGACAGCUCUGCAGCUGGUACAGAAUGGAGGCACACCAGAGCAGGAGAACUUCACAACUUUACUGAAGAGAAAGAUGCUAUUAGUCAAGUAG